AUGCUGCUAUCUAGACUGAGGAGUCCGGUUUCAGCCUGCGGGUGCAUGCGGCGGGCAUUUUCAACACGCAAAGAAAAGAUAGUUCAGCGAGUUCAAGGCGAACUGGACCAGGACAUGGAGCAGGCCAAGGCUAAUGAGGACGGGAUAUCCAUCAAGAUCGAUCCUAAAGAAGCAAAGACGUUUGAAGACCUGCAAAUCCGACCUGCCAUUGUGGAUGCAUUAAAGCGAGCAUUCCCUGAAGUCUCUCGGCCGACCACAGUUCAGCGAAAUAUGCUUGCACUACUCAACUCGGAUAUGUCGUUGCUCGUCAAGUCGCCGGCUGGAACGGGCAAAACACUAGCAACAGCGUUAUACAUGCUCAACACAACGGCCCCACCCGCGUUAAGACAACAGGGAGAAAAUAACGGUUUAUCAUCAGUUACGAAUCUGUUGGUUGUUCCGACGGCGGCGCUGGCGGAACAGUACCGGGUGGUGUUUGAGAAGUUAAUUGACGGGGCUGGACUGGAACCUGCACAGGUGGUGCAGGCUGUGUUUCGCACAGACAAGGCUGGGGAGAAGGCACAGGAGGACAAGCUACGGGAACACCCGGGGCCUCACAUAUUGGUGGGGACGCCUGCGCGACUUCUGGACCUGCUUUCGUCUGGAGCCCGUGCGUGUGUUCCGUUGCAUGGGGUAUACGCGAUAGCUGUAGAUGAGGCAGACACGCUAUUGCCAGUGGAGUCGGUGCACAGUCGGGUGAAACAGACGCGGAAGGUUGCACGACAUCGGCCAGUUUCGUUGGCCAAGCCACCGGCGCAGCUGCUACUGGACCACGUUGUGGCGUGGCGCAACGCAUGGGUGCAGAAAACGGCGCCAGCAUUUAUUCCUCUGAAGGUUCUGUUGGAGUCGUCAACAGCAUCGAGCCGGCUCAAAGCGGAGGCGGCGAAACGAGGGUGGAUUUCUGGAAGACCCAUGUUGCGAUUGGGGCUGGAUGAUCACGGUGGUAACAGCGGCAACAAGAGUUUACAAGUGAAGAGUCAAGUUCCACGAGAUGUGUGCAGUUACUUUGUUACUUAUAACCCUUUUUUGGAUACCCUGGAGAAUACUGAUUACGAUGUGAGUAGCAUUUUGCCGGAAAUGACGCAGAACGCUUUUGACGUUGUAGGUGAGGUGAAUGAUGAGCGUGUUAAAAAACAUGUUCAGGAAUAUGCAGCUCUUAGUAAACCUCAGCGAGAAAAACUUCUUGGUGUUUAUGCUGCAGGGCUUGUGAAGGCCAUGAAAGUGGAUGCACAAGGUGGGAAGCUCCGGCGAGCUCUUGUGGUUGUUCCUGAAGCCUUUUCGAUUAGCAAUCUUGUCCAGAUUCUUGAAUCGCGUUACCAGAUUCCAGGUGCGACCCUGGCGACUGUUGGCAAUUCGAGUGGUGUGUAUUCAGGAGACUCUUCCAUGGUUAAAGAUGAUACCAAUACGCUGUUUUUGGACCAAGACAAGGGUGAAGAGGGUAAAGAUUUGCCACAGGUAGUUUUGGUGCGCGCUCGGGCUGUGGCCGGUCUUGACUGGCCCGGGCUUGACCGGAUCUAUGCGCUGGGCUGGGACAGUUUGUUGUCGUCGAAAACUUAUUUGUCUGUUGCAGGCCGCUGUCGUGCAGCACCAGCGUCUGAGCGUAAUAAGGCCGUUCCAGGGCACGAGUUUUGGCGGGCACCAGAGGAUCGGGCACAGGGCAAGUUUGUGGUAAUUUCCACGAUUGAUGAGACGAGUGACAUGCGCUACCGUAUGUUGUUGGCUGUUUCGAUGGCCAAGAUUGGGGCCAAGCAGCAGUCCUUUUUGUAA